UUCUGUCGAAAUUUAAGCAACAUUCCGGUUAGAAGCACACACAAUGCGCUGCUCGAAAAAAAUAAUAAAAUAGCAACGUUUGAACUUCAGCUCACAACGGACGAAUCCAGUGUGGCAAAAUAAUGUUUCUACCACAAAGCCUCUCGAAUAUUCUGUAAUAAUACCCAAAGGCAAAUUGAGAAAGUUGAGAGAUAAUAAUACAAGCAACAACAAGCCAAACAGCAACGAUUAAAACGAACGACAAGCGAGAGAGUUUUCGACGUGCGGCUGCAUAGAUAUGGAAUUAUAUUGUUGGGGCAAUGCAUCGCACGGUCAGCUGGGUCUUGGCGGCAUCGAAGAUGAACAGAUAUUGACGCCCAGUAAGAUGCCGUGGCAGCCAGACUCGGCGGUCAACCAGAUUGCAUGCGGUCAUCGGCAUACACUGUUCCUCACCGCCAGCGGCAAGGUGUAUGCAUGCGGAAGCAAUGAUUAUGCCCAACUGGGGCAUGAGUUGUCCAGCAAAAGGCCACGUAUGUCGCCAUUUCUGCAGAUACCAGAGCUGGUGGAUUGUGUGAUCACGCAAAUCGCUUGCGGCAGUCGCCAUUCGAUGGCGCUCACCGAAUGGGGCCAGGUGCUCAGCUGGGGCGACAAUGAGUGCGGCCAGUUGGGUCAUGCCAGCGAUCAGGAUGUCGUCCAGCUGCCAAAAACUGUACGCGCCCUUGUCUCCAAGACAGUCGUGCAAAUUGCCUGUGGCAACAAUCACAGUCUGGCACUCACAUGCUGUGGCGAGCUGUAUGCGUGGGGCUCCAAUAUCUAUGGCCAGCUGGGCGUUAAGACACCCAGUGAGCUGGGUCAGUGCAACGCGCCCAUGCUAUUGACCACACUGCUGGGCAUACCAGUCAGGGCCAUUGCCUGUGGCGGCAAUCAUUCGUUUCUCAUCUCCAAAUCGAGUGCGGUCUUUGGCUGGGGUCGCAAUAAUUGCGGCCAGUUGGGCUUGAAUGAUGAGACGAAUCGUGCCUAUCCCACCCAGCUGAAGACACUGCGUACGCUUGGCGUCCGUUUUGUGGCCUGCGGCGAUGAGUUUUCCGUUUUCCUUACCAACGAGGGCGGUGUGUUCACAUGCGGUGCUGGUGCCUAUGGUCAGCUGGGUCACGGCUUCUGCGGCAAUGAGAUGCUGCCACGCAUGGUCAUGGAGCUGAUGGGCAGCACCAUAUCGCAGGUGGCAUGCGGCAAUCGUCAUACACUCGCCAUGGUGCCGGCACGUGGUCGCAUCUAUGGCUUUGGACUGGGCAGCUCGGGGCAGCUAGGCACGCGUAACACCAAAAGCUUAAAUCUGCCACAGAUGGUCAUCGGGCCUUGGGUAUCGCCAAGCGGUUCAGCUCUGCUGCAGUCCAGCGAUGCACAGAUCGCCGUUGUCAUUCGACAGAUCUUCUCGGGAGGCGAUCAAUCGAUAGUGACCACAUCGCUCUAUGUGGACAAAAAACCGCCAGUCGACUGCCGUUUCUAUGAACCCAAAUCUCAGAUUCUGGUGCUUACGGCGGAGGCGACCAGUCAAUGUGCCCGCUUCAAGGAGGACGAUCAAAGUGAUUUAGAUUUAUUGAACUCCAUGGAGCUGAUAUUCAAGAGUCAGGCCUGCCUCAAUGGCUCCUUUCUGCUGAAGCAGGACAAGCACUUUGGUUGCUCCGCCCGUAACUAUGGCCUCGAUCUGAAAGCUGCCCAGCUGGCGUUUGAUAAUCUGCGUGAAGUGGAGAACCAGAGCAUCAAACAAGUCAUUUGGGAUAAUCUGACGAAAGAGCUGCUUGGCUCGCUGGUGCCGUCGCCGGCGGAUGUUGAGAGUAUGCGUCUCUAUCUAUUGCUGCCACUCUAUCAUGAGUUCGUUAAUUCUAAGCACUACAAGACACUGCAUGUACCCUUCGCCAAUGCCACCUUCAAGCUGACUCAGAACCCGCGCAAGGUGCUGGAGAAAUGGUGGGGUCAAACACCAUCGGAGUAUUUUGAGCAUAUGGUGAACAGUUUUCUACAUGUUGCCAUGCACAUUAUUAGCUUCAAGAUGGGCAUCGAGGUGAUCAAUACCAAUGAGCCGCGCCAGAAAAGGGUUUUGCCCUACAACAGCGAUCUGGAGACUGUGCUGCGUCUGUUGGCGCAUCUGUGUCACGUCAAUGAUCAGCGCGACGAGCGGCUCAACUAUCAGCUCUUCCAUUGGCCCGAUCUAUCCGACUAUGUGGACGUACAGCAAGAGUAUUUGAGUUGGAUAAUGUCGGAUUCUAACGAGUUUAACAUUUGCAAGUUCCCAUUCCUUUUCGAUGCGUCCGCCAAAACGGCUCUGCUCCAAGCGGAUCAGAUGCUCCAAAAGCACUCGGCCAUGUCGAACGCCGUCUCCAAUGCAUUUUAUAAUCUGUUCCAAUAUGGACACGUUUCGCAGUACAUCGUUUUGAAUGUGACGCGAGAGAAUCUGGUGCAGGAUUCGUUGCGUGAACUGGAGCGCUAUACUCAAAUGGAUCUUAAGAAGCCGCUGAAAAUCAAAUUUCAGAACGAGGAGGCCGAAGAUGCGGGCGGUGUCCGAAAAGAGUUCUUUAUGCUGUUGCUGAAGGAUCUCAUCGAUCCCAAAUAUGGCAUGUUCAAGGAGUUUGAAGAUUCGCACGUCAUGUGGUUCGCAGACAUCACUUUCGAGUCAGAGAACAUGUAUUUCCUAAUUGGCGUCCUCUGCGGUUUGGCGAUAUAUAAUUUCACCAUCAUUAAUCUGCCCUUUCCACUGGCUCUUUACAAGAAAUUGUUGAAGAAACCGGUGGAUUUGAGUGAUCUGCGUGAGAUGUCACCGACAGAAGCGAAUUCGAUGCAGGCACUGCUCGACUAUGAGGGCGACAACUUCGAAGAUACCUUCGAUUUGACGUUUGAGAUAUCACGCGACAUUUACGGGGAGUCCGAGACUCAGCCAUUGAAAACCAAUGGCAACAACAUUGCUGUCACAAUGGAUAACAGGCAGGAGUUUGUAAAUCUCUAUGUUGAUUACAUAUUUAAUAAAUCGGUGGAGGUACAUUAUCGCGCCUUCCACGAGGGUUUCAUGAAGGUGUGCUCGGGCCGUGUGCUGGAGAUCUUUCAGCCUGAGGAACUAAUGGCUGUUGUCGUCGGCAACGAGGAGUACGAUUGGCAGGCGCUCGAGGACAAUUGCGAGUACAAGAGUGGUUAUACGUCCGGUGAUGAAACGGUUAAAUGGUUCUGGGAAGUGUUUCACGAUCUGUCCGAGGCGGAGAAGAAAAGUUUCCUGCUCUAUUUGACGGGCAGUGAUCGUAUACCCAUUCAGGGCAUGAAAGCAAUUAAGAUAAUUAUACAACCGACACCUGAUGAACGCUUCCUGCCCGUCGCACACACGUGUUUCAAUCUGUUGGAUCUGCCGCGAUAUAAGACCAGGGAACGACUCAAGUAUAAACUACAGCAAGCAAUACAGCAAACACAGGGCUUUAGUCUGAUCUAAUCAUUUCAUCUAAAAGUUGUUGAAAGAGAAAGAGAGUGAGAGUGAGGUUGAGAAGCGAAAGAGAGAGAGAGAGAGGGGAGUACACAUAUUUGAAUUUGGUUGAUUUCUACAACACAUGUUGCACUUUACAUUGGAUUGCAAGUAAAUAAAGGAAAAUUAUAAAAUAUAAAACACAA